AUAACGAUCAGUUUGUCACGAACAUGUCACCGCGAAGACCAAGACUCUCGUCUUGCUCCGUGUAUAUGGAGUGAGCGCGUGAUCACGACCAAGAUAAACUGCUUACCGCUGCUUAAUCCAGUCUGUGUGUCGAGAGUCGCGAAAAGUUCAAGUAACGUGAGUUUGCUGCGUGCUUGGAGUUGGGUUCUUGAGUUAUGGCUCGUUGGAACGAUGAAACUGUUAUGAAGUUCGUUAAGCUCUAUGAGGCGGAAGUGUGUUUGUGGCCAACAAGCGACAGUGACUAUAAAAACAAAACCGCGCGGAACCAGUCUCUUAAGAACAUUGUUGGUGCAAUGGAUUUGAAAGGUUUCGGAGUGCCAGAAUGUAAACAGAAAAUAAAAAAUAUCCGAUCACACUACUGCCAGGAACUCACAAAGAUUCGCAGUAGCAAAAUAAGUGGGUCAGGUCCUGAUUCUGUGCACGAACCAACGCUGGUUUGGUUUAAAACUCUGGAUGCAUUUCUACGUCCAUUUACAGCACAGGCAGCUCAGUGUAAGCCGGGGAAAUUCGUGAAAAUAGGAGUGACAACACACAACUUUCUAUCUGCAAACAGGAGAGAAAAACAAGAUGGGAUUAGUCCUAAGAACAUGUUCUAUGCAGAUAGUCAAAGAGAUACACUAAAGGACACAUUACAUCAGCAAUGUUCAGUCCCAAAGAGACCUAAAGUGGAAGACAUUGUAGGUCUAAUUAGUGUUGAGGAUGGUAUCUCAAAGCUACAGAACUUACUGAAGCUAGAAGAUCCAUCAGAAUUUGACUUGUGGGCCAGAAGUGUAGCUGUUCAGUUGAACAAAAUGGACGUACAGAGAGCAUUGCAACUGCAGCUCAAACUUCAGGCAAUCAUCACUGAAGAACGAAUCAAGUAUGAAACUCGGAGUCAUCAUGAGGAUGUCUACCAACAGUAUCCAUGGCUGAAAGUCAUUUCUUCAUUAGGUUCACACAUGGAAACAAAUCAGUCAGUGAUACCAUCACCCAGUACAACUGCAGACACACAGCUAUCGUCUGUCAGCUGUCCAGAAUAUGACAUUGCUGUUGUUGGCAAAAAAGACUCUUUUGUUUUAUAAUGAGAUUUUGAUUUUGGCAGUGUUCUUUCCUUACAUGGUAGUCUUUGGACAAUUUGUUAUUGUAAUAUUUCUAGGUUAGGUUGCAGUUUGUACCUUAAAUUUGUUACUGAUGUUGGUAUCAUUAAUAAAGUUGAGUAAUAAGCUUGUCUCACGUUUGUAUCGGGUUACUGAAAAGUAUGCUCUGCUUUUUAAUAAAGGCCUUUGAAUGUGA